GGAUUGGAGACAUCCUUCGAUUCUCUUGUCAGUUUGAUAACUACAUAUCAAAUUUGAGAGCUCAGGAGGAAUGGAAACCCGUGGAGCUAUUGCUGCUGCUGCUGCAUUCACCUGGUCAAACUCCAUUUCUUCCGCCCAUCAUCUUUCCCCGCAGCCCUUCUCUGCCUAUGGGUGUAGGACUCCAAAAAUUCGGUGCCUGCAUGACUCUGCUCCAUCUCAAAAAAGGGCAGAUCAAAUGAUCGUUUCUGUGACUGGGGCAACAGGGUUCAUUGGUAAAAGACUGGUCCAAAGGUUACAUUCAGAUAGCCAUUAUGUUCGUGUCUUGACGAGAUCUAAAUCCAAUGCGCAAGCAAUUUUCCCCGCCAAGCAAUUUCCUGGAAUUGUAUUUGCUGAGGAGUCUGAGUGGAAAGAUUGCAUUCGGGGCUCAACAGCUGUGGUAAAUUUGGCUGGAAUGCCCAUUAGUACGAGAUGGUCUCCAGAGAUCAAGAAAGAGAUCAAGCAAAGCAGGAUUAGAGUCACCUCAAAGGUUGUAGAUUUGAUAAAUGAUUCAACAAGUGAUGUUCGCCCUGAAGUUCUGAUUAGUGCAACUGCUGUUGGUUUUUAUGGGACCAGUGAGACUCAAGUUUUUGAUGAAAAGAGUCCAUCAGGGAAUGAUUAUUUGGCUGAGGUUUGUAGAGAAUGGGAAGGAACUGCCCUCAAAGUCCAAAAAGAUGUCAGGCUAGCCUUGAUUCGCAUUGGAGUUGUCCUUGGGAAAGAUGGUGGUGCUUUGGCUAAAAUGAUCCCCCUUUUUAUGAUGUUUGCUGGUGGACCUCUGGGCUCUGGAAGACAAUGGUUUUCAUGGAUUCAUGUGGAUGAUCUAGUUAAUCUGAUAUGUGAAGCUUUAUCCAACCCAUCUUACAAAGGGGUCAUCAAUGGCACUGCACCAAAUCCUGUCAGGCUGGGGGAGAUGUGUGAACAACUGGGAUCUGUUUUAAGCCGGCCUUCAUGGUUGCCAGUGCCAGAUAUUGCACUAAAGGCGGUUCUUGGAGAAGGUGCUUCAGUGGUUUUGGAAGGACAGAAGGUGCUUCCCGCUAGAGCAGAGGAACUAGGUUUUCCGUUCAAGUAUCGUUAUGUGAAAGACGCACUGAAAGCCAUAAUGCCAUGACUACGCUGAAGCAUGAUAUGCUGCUGGACAACGCAUAAUCAACACCUUCAAUUUUUUUCAUUUGUUAGGCCGGGAACUGAGGUAAGUUCUCAGGUCUAGUUCUUAAGGUUGCGAGCUACCUCAACUGAGAAAAGCUUAAUACAUCACAGAGAGAAGUAUCUCCUUCUUCACUUUUUCCUUUGAACUGUUGUCUCCUUGAUGAAGCUCUGCUGAAUUACUUUGCUAAAAAUUACGUGGACUUGUGUUAGUCA